AUGGCCCCACUAGGGCACGCCGAUGGAUGUGCAUCGUUUGCGAGCCAGCCUGGCUGGAUCGAUGGCCCACGGCUGGAUGCCAGGCGAACCUACGUGACGGACUUGGACGCGUUGGGAAGGAAAGCCAUCUGGUCCGAUCCGACGACGGGGCAGACCGGCAGCAGGAGCUGGAAGUUGUCGGUACCGGACGAGUUCCGUGGCAAUGAGAGCCGCUACGUGCAGGACGACCGGCUCACCAUCCUCUGCACUGUCGAGGUCCUCCAGGAGGAGCACGACGACUAUUCCUUCCGUGGGAGCCGGUACGUGGAUCAAAAGUUCUCAGAGUCCGAGAGGAGGAGGAGCACGCAUGCAUGUUGCCCGACGGAUCAUGGCGAAAUGAGAGAGAGCACCACGCGCCGUGUCAGGGUCGACGACAUGCGCGCGUCCACCUUCAGGGCCAUGAUCCGCUUCAUCUACACCGACGAGCUGCCCAUCAAAGCAAUCACAAACGAUGCAACGAACCCAGCGUGCUUGCAAAUUAGACAAGUGUGCGACAAAGCGCCCGCGUGGCCAUGGCGUGCGACCUGCUCGCGGCCGCAGAUCGCUACGACCUGGAGAAGCUCCGGCUCAUGUGUGAAGAGGACCUAUGGUGUUGGUAGAGAAAUGCAGUCCAACACUUUCGAGAUCGAUGGUUAUGAUUGGAAGCUGGUGGUAGACCCUGCCGGGAAGAAUCCGGAAAAUGAAGAGUGUGUCUAUGUGGCCGCUGAGUUGUUAACUGAUCCAGGAACUGCUGGUGUCAGGGCGUCGUCACCAACAACUCUUGCGUUGCUAUCGGCACCCCCACGGCUUGUGGUGUCGGAGCGCCGCCGCCCGAGCAUUGCUCGGCACCUCAAGGAGCUACUAGCCAACGAGAAGGGGUCGGAUGUGACAUUCCUUGUCGAAAACAGAGAGAUUCGAGCGCACAAGCUCCUCAUUGCUGUGAGGUCUCCCGUCCUAUACGAGAUGGGGGUGGCCAACAAGGCACACCACUUUGUACCGGUCGCCGAUAUGAAGGCUGCGGUCUUUGAGGCCAUGCUGCACUUCAUCUACACCGGUGAGCUGCCACCUAUGGAACACUUAGCCCUUGCCACCAGUAGUGGCACCAAGGAUAUAUCCUUUGCUAUGAAAGAAAUAACCCUUGCUAGUAGUUUUUUGGUGGACGGUGGCUUGUUGAUUGUCGGAGACAUAAUGGCUGCGGCAUGCAGGUUCAGUCUUGACAAGAUGAAGGCCAAGUGCGAGACCUUGCUAGCGGGGUCCAUCAAGAAAGAGAACGCAGAGAGCAUGCUCACGCUGGCACGCCAGACACAGCUGCUCAAAGCUCGAGGAUUACUGCGCCCAGUUUCUCUUAUCGGGAUAUGUGACUCAUUACAGAGAACGGGCUGA